CCGGGCUCUCGCGGCGAUCAGCCGGCCCCGUCGUUCCAGCGCGGCGGAGGAGGAGGAGGUGGUGGAGGUGACGCCAGAGGCAGAGGAAGAGGAAGAGGCAGAGGCAGAGGCUACGCUGCUGCUGUUGGCAGUCCUGGUUACCCGGCUCCGGCUCCCAGAGCGUCUACUACUGUUGCUGCGUCUCCCAGAGCAUCUACCGCUGUCGUCGCUGCUUCUCCAGGGGCAUCUACUUCUGCGGCGGCGGCUUCCCCGUCGGCUUUGGACGUUUCUCUGAGCAGCGAGGUCGAGCAGCGGCUUACACUGGAGUCUCCUUCGCCGCCGCCCCUUUCGUCGAAGGGGGUCAGAUUUCCGCUGAGGCCUGGCUUCGGAACGGUCGGCAAGAAGUGUUUGGUCCGAGCGAACCAUUUUCUAGUUCAAGUAGCAGACAAAGAUUUUUACCACUACGACGUAUCUAUUGAUCCUGUGGUUUCUAACAAGAAAACCAAUAGGGAGAUAUUAGGCGUUCUUGUCAAACAGUAUCGGGAGACUCAUUUAGGUGGAAGGUGGCCGGCCUAUGAUGGUAGAAAGAGUCUCUACACAGCAGGGCCGCUGCCCUUCAACAACAAGGUGUUUUCAGUUAAAUUGGUAGAAAAUGACGAAGCUGCUCAAGCGAGAAGGAGAGAACGUGAUUUCGAGGUGACGAUAUCGCUGGUCGCUAGGACUGAUCUUUAUGCUCUCCAGCAAUUUCUUCAGGGUAGACAAUUGGAUUGCCCACAAGAGAUCAUACAACUACUUGAUGUGGUCCUUACUCCUUAG